AUAAGCGCCACCGAGUAGAACAUCGACGAAUCGUAAGUCAGUGUCUCGAGGGGCCGUGAGAAGGUGCUGCGCCCCACAAGUUACAGAGAAGUUCGAGGGUAGUAACGCAUUCGACACAUUGGCCUCAUAGAUAUAACCCAUAUACAACGAAUGAAUAAAAUUCUUUUUUGUAAUUAUUGUUCUUUCAAUGAAAUUUAAAAAAAAAAUUAAAAUUAUUACUGUGUUCUUUCGUAUAAAUCAAUAAUUAUAAAUCGUGGUAUAAAAAUAUUACAAAAAAAGUGAUAAGUGUGAAAUUGAUUUCUCGAUUUAUUAUGUAUUAUGUAUAUACAAUUUUAUUUUUGAGUGCGAUAAUAAUAUAUACACGAUAUUAAAAUAUAUACGAUAUUAAAAUAUUAAUUUCAUUUUUAAAUGAGCGAUAUAAUUUGUAACUGAUAACUUCAACCUUAAAGAAUAGGAUUCGAUUUAAUUAAUAAAGUCGAUUGAAAAAUAUGAUAGUGAUAUUUUUAAAUAUUAUAUUGAAAUUAAAUAAUGCAGAAAAAAAAAAUAUUUUAAAAACUCAUUGUACGAAUACACAAUACACUGACAGUAAAUAAUAUGGCGCGCCUUCAUCUGCAGUCAAUGACGUCAAGCUUACAAAAUGAAAGGGAUGUCAACAAUUCGAUUUAAGAAUUGAAUAAAUGAAUAUUUAAAUAUAAAAUAAAUAAUAAUUUUAUUAAAAAACGAAUAAAAAUUUGUUGUAACUAUGAAAUGUUAUAAGUAAGUAUAUACUUAAAUAAUAUUCAUCAAUAAUUAAAAAUGUUAACUAAAAAAAAAUGUUUAUCAUUAAAUGCACUAUAAAAUUCGAACAACGAAUAUCUAAAUAUUAUUUUUUUUGAAUGUCCAAAUGCAAAGUCACAAAUUUAUCACUCUAUUAUUUAAAAACCGCACUGCGUCUGAUGACAUCGAUCAGCAGAUUUUCCGCGAAAUUUGAAUUUUCGAUCGAUGAAAUUCAAUUCUGUUACCUGAUUAUAAAACGAAGAAACGAAAAUUAUGGAGAUAUAAAAAAAUAAAAAAGAAAUGGCGUUAACCAAAGUACAUGAUGAAGAUGAAAAUAUAUCAAAAUUAAUAUUCCAUCGAUACGAAAAAUUGAUCAAGCGGUAAAACUCAAAUCUUCGAAUUUAUUUCUAAUGUGAAGAGGAAACACAACAAAGAAACGAAAUGUAUUGAACCAGUAGAUGUCCUCAAUUGAGAAAUAAAGACAUCGAAGGCGAAAAGCAGCAGGUUGAUGUUAAGUGGGGAGAUAUUAAAAUGGGUCAAGAGUAUCUACACGAUGACAGUGUACGUUGUUCGACUUCACGCUCGAUGCCUUCGUGAAGAGAUCCUUCUGCGAGUUUGUCGCGAGGAUCAUUAAGAUCACGACAUAAUAUCAUCAUCGUUUCCUUCAAUGUCAUUAACACAAUGAGAAACUCGGUCAAUUUAAAUUAAUUUCGGCCAUAUAAUAAAUCCGCGAUAAAUUUUGUAACUAAAAAUAUUUCUGUGAUACAAUUUAUUAAAAAACAGAAUACAGAAAUGAAAUUGUAUUUACAGAAUAAUCAUUCUAUCACAUCGAUAACAAUUAAAGAUCGUUUACGUAUAAUUAAUCUGUGUAUGUUUCUUUCUGGAUCGUUAUUAGUUUAAAUAGGAACUUUGAAUCGCGUGAUGCGAUGCGUUAUGUGUAACGAUUGUCAAUACAAUCAUUUUGUGUUUAAACGUCGUUGAAAAGAAGAAGCGGAUAUUUUUUUGUGAAAUUUAAGAAAAUUAUUUUCAUGGUGUACGGAUCGCGCAAAAUUGCGGAGUCUGUGACCACCACGGGGACGACUUGGCUGUACAAUACUACCAUCCAAGGCGAAAUGAGCAGCAGCGGAGGGUUAGGAUUCGGUGUCGGUGUCGGUGUCGGCGUCGCCGGUGGUCCAACCCUCGCAGCCGCUCAACAAGGCCAAGGGGUGGCCGCUCUUCUGGUUAUGCUUGCUGUGCUUUGUUUUAUAUUCGCUUAUUGCUGUUGGGGUGCUCCGUUCUGUAGAUCCUUAUGCAGACGACACUGUUGUUGUCGACUCGAGGAUCCUGAACCAGAUUCACGAUUUAGCAACAACGAUCAAACGAUGGUAGCAACACCAACGAUCAUUUUAUUACCACACGGUAGAAUGCUCGUUGUGGAUGGUACAAUCUUUACACAGUUCCAAACAGAUCCAACUGGUUUAGAUUUAGUGGAAUUAGGUGACAGUGUAUUACGAGCUCAAAGAAAUCCAAGAAGUAUAAAUCGUCAUCAAUUGCAAAAUAGUCAAGGUAGCAUACUUGAAAUGGACGCAGAAACGCCGAGUAAAGACAGUUUAGGAUCUGUUGGGUGUUUUCCACCACCAACUUAUGAAAGUAUUUAUGGAAAAGAAGAAUCAGAUAUGCCGCCAUCGUAUUCUGAUAUUUUAUUACAUAGAUUUGCUAAUCUUCCUCAUGACAUAAAUAUGCAUAGUUAUUGUCACGAUAGUAAAGAGGAAAUUGAGAUGCAAAGCUUAGAUGGUUGUCCACAUAUACUUAGUAAUCCAAUGAAUACGAUAGCAUAUCCUUACGCGACAGUAACGAAUUUUUCGAGUCAAAGCUUUCCACGAAGGAAUGUCUCGAGAAAUCCAUCAAUCAUUAGCAAUCCACUUGAUAGUUAUUAUAUAGAUAACGAAUUAGAAUUAUAUCGAUUAAGCCAGGAGAUGGUACCACGAGUAUUUAGUAAUACAAAUUUUGAAGCUCUUAGAACUUACCAAGAUGAAACCUCGUUUUAUAAUAUGAAUGGAAAUGAGAGUGAACAACAAAACGAUAUGUUAUCGAAUAAUGGAAAUUAUUGCACAUCUGAUAAUAAUAUUCAACGAAACAACGAAAGAAUACUUUCAAAUAAUAUUGAUGAAGUAUCAAGUAAUAUAACAUCGGCAAAUGAGUUAAUGAACACGAGAAAUCUAGUUCGAAGUAUAUCAAGAAUUAGUCAAGAAAGUAGAAAUAACAUAGAGAAUUCACAAAGAGAUAAUCAAGAGACUGGCAUAGUUUUUGUUCGAUUACCUCAUUCCGAGGAUUAUAAUAAUAGCCAUACUCCGCAAAAUUGGUAUAACAAUACUAAUGAAAACGAUAGGCCAGCAAUACAAGUAAAUCAAGAAAAUCAAUCUACUUUAAGAAAUAUGCAUUCCGAAAACGAGCAGAUGAAUGAAACUAAUCAUAACAUGGAAUCUAAUUCAAUAACAUGUUACAUUAGAAAUCAAAGUACUGAUGAAGCUAGAUCGCAUAGAUUGGAAAAUGAAUCCGCUUAUUCCGAUGAAGAACCUAGAAAUUUUGGAGCAUUGGCAGAUAUCCGUGAAAGUCGAGUGUAACGCAUAAUAUAUAAUAUAGAAAAUGUACAUUAAAAAUACAAUAGAAAGCUCUCUGACCAAAUGAUAUAUCGACAAUUAUAUCUUGUAAAAAAUUCACAAUAAAAAUGGAAGUAUAUUUUAUCAACAAAA